AUGUCAUCUGCCCAAGACGAGUUCAACCAAAUCCUCAACAGCAACCGAGAGAAAUUCGCUGUUCACCCCGAGGAUCGUGACAACCACUCUGAUCACUCCUCUACCGACGACGACCACGACGACGACCAGCCCCAGUUCUCCGAUUCCGAAGACCCCCAGGCGGCCAUGCACUCCCGCACCCCCAGCAGCUUCCGCAUCCCCAACACCGUCUACGACGCCAACACUGGCCCCAAGGGUGUCAUCGCCGACGCGCAGGCCUUCGAGCGUGCCCGCAAGACCUCCUUCCGUCGCACCCUCCUCGGCGUCGCCGGUCUCGACCGCUCCCACUUCUCCUCCAAGUCCGUCACCGACGAUGCCACCCUCCUCCAGAACUCCUCCCCGCCCGAUGGCUCCUCCGCCAGCGACGACGAGGAGGGCUUUCUCCGCAAAUGGCGCGUGUCUCGCAUGCAGGAAAUGCAGGCUAAGAGUCUGAGGAAGCCCAGCCCCCGUCGGAAGCUGUACGGGUCGGUCGAUGUUGUGGAUGCGGUGGGAUACCUCGAUGCCAUUGAGAAGGUCACGUCGGGGACGGUGGUGGUCGUCUGCGUCUAUGACCCGGAGUCCAGCACCAGCAGCCUCAUCGAAGACUGUCUCAACACCAUUGCCCGUCGUCAGCCUACCGUCCACUUCAUCAAGCUCCAUCACGAGAUCGCCGAGAUGGAGAACAUCGAAGCCCCCGCCCUGCUGGCUUACCGGGACGGUGACGUCUUCGCCACGAUCGUCGAGAUCAUGCAACAGAUCCCCAAGGGUAGGAGCUGUAGCUCCGAUAGUCUGGAAGAUCUGCUGAAAUCGUACGUCUCUCUCUUCCUUUACCCCUAUACCCCCAAUAUGGACGUCAGACACUAACACAAGCCACAGCCACCGCGUCCUCUAAACAAUACCCUCAUGCUCUUUAUUUCUCCAUGUCUCAUGUCGUCUCGUCUCAUCGCAUCUCAUCUCUCAUUUCUUUAUCAUGCACUUCCCAUGACAUCACAUGUUCUCCACACAUCCAUCCAUCAUCAUGCAAAAUGCAGCACAGCGGGCGUAUCACGGGUCCUGACUUUCUGGUCUUUUCACGUUUUCUAACCUACAUCAUCUACCUACCUACCUACCUACCUCCCUACUCUUCACUGACGUCCAUCCAUCCAUCUCAUCAUUCAUCCAUCCAUACCUAGACGAUCGAUCCGGACAUACAUCACAUUUAUCUUGCUUUUGACUUUUUCUUUUUCUGUUGGUUCAGGUACAUCCAUCACAUGCAUAUAGACGGAUCUACAGUACGGGUGUUCGGGUUCUUAGCAUUUUUGCUUGCUUGUCUGCUUGGUUU